GAGGUGGCAGUAGUACCCUGCGAGUACAUGCGAAGUAACACCCUGUCGUCCGCAGCACGAUAAUAACAACAUAGGCCUACUUGACAGGGGCUUUAACCAUGUGUUUUACCUUUCGUUUCACAACAUAUUAACUUCGGGCACUGGAAGUGGAAGAACGUUUUUGCUCAGAUUUUCACACAAGUCAAGGGAAAUCUUUGUGUCAGCUGUGUUAAAGCCAGCAAGCAUUAAAGCCAGCAAGCACUACACAAAUGGGUGAUAAAGCCGGUGGGCAUGACGUACCUCAGGAUGGUAUCUGCCUCAAAAUACAACACAUCCACCAAGGUGAAGACUGGGAUUGUGGCCUGGCCUGCGCCAAGAUGAUCCUGAGGUUUCUUCAUCCGGAAUUUGAGGAUGGACCUGCAAGUUUUGACGACAUCUGUGAAAGACUGGGCUUUGGUGAGAGUAUUUGGACGGUAGACUUGGCCCAUUUGAUGGUGCAGUACAAUGUCAAGCAUCAGCUAUACACCAUCACUCUUGGGGUAGAUCCAACAUAUCAAGAAGUGGCUUUCUACAACGAGGCAAUCAAAACUGAGUUCACUACUGAACAGGAGCGGGUCAAUGACCUUUUUGCCAGUGCUGCCAGCAAAGGAAUCCAGGUGGAGAAAAGGUCUGUGACCAAUGCAGAGAUAGUAAGCCAUGUGUCUGGUCACAAUCCUGCCAUUGUUCUCGUAGACAACACGAUACUGCAGUGUGAACGGUGUAAGCCUAGCCAAAAGCAUGGUGAGGGAUGCGCUGAUUGCUUUUCAUUUUGUGACACGGGGAGGGGAGGUGGUUAUGUAGGUCACUUUAUUGUGCUGUGCGGCCUUGACUUAACGAAGAACCAUUUUUUGUACCGUAACCCGGGAAUUUUGGAAGAGCUGUGUUGCUGUUCCUUCACCAAUCUGGACGAGGCAAGACGUUCCCAUGGCACGGACGAAGACAUACUCUUCAUAUACAGAUAACGAGUGCUAAAAAGGAAAAAGUUUUGAAAAGAAGUUUACAUAACAUCUUUAUGAACAAUCUUUGUCAGCAGAAUGCCCUUCAGGAAAAAAAACCUAUUUGAGAAAUUUCUGAAACUAUUAGAAAACUCAGAGAAACUAGGACUCAAUAUUAUAAUACAGGGUGUCCAAAAAAACCCUCACUAAACCCUUAAAAGCGCCCUCUUUUACACAGCUUUAAAAGACAAACAUCGCAAAUAUCGAUACAUAUUUAGAGAGUAAAAUUCAUUAGCUUUUCAACAACGAAAAACUCUUCCAAUUGGGUAAAUGUUUAUUGAGUUAUGGGCAAUUGAAAACAAGCGCCGCUUUUUCAUUUUGUCCACGGCGACUGAUAUUUUGACUGUCGCAAUAAGAACACGGACCGGAACUUGCAUCCGUGAAAAAGGCUACCAAGUAGAGGUCAGACACAGAGCAGCACAGUAAACAUCUAAGAAGUUAACCAAACAGUCCAUUUCUGGACUACCAUUCCUUCCAUAAGGAUAAAUGACUAUUGUUAGAAAAAAUACGAACCAA